UCGCCUCCCUCUUUGCUGAUGUAUCUAAUUGUUGCACGCCUUGAAAUAACGGACUAAACCAAUGCCACUGCAUUGCAUGACUCGAGUCCUGGAAGAUUACUGACCAAAACAAAACAAGAAUCCCUGAAGCGUGGGGAAGGGAUUGUUGGCUUGCGGUGGAGAAACUAUAUGUGUAUGUGUGUGUUUUUUUAUUAAUACUGAAUUUAGGAAUCAUGGAAAAUGAAAAAUCAUGCGCAAAACAUUACGGGUCUCUUGAAUCAACUACAUGGACGGCAGACGUUGAAAAAGAGACAGAUAUUAUAUCAAUGGCAGAUUCCACCACUACAGUGGAUGAUAUUGAGGGUGAGCUAUUUAAAAUUGAAAGGAUAAGAGAUAUACUGGUUCGAAGAGAAUCCGAACUCCGAUACAUGAUGGACGACAUACAACUGUGUAAAGAAAUAACACGACUCAAGAAAGAGCUGCAAAAACUGGUAUCAAUACCAGAUAAAGACAAAUCAAAUGACGAUAAGCAGAAGGAAGAGGAAUUACUGCAGCAGAUUCAUAAACUAGUGGAGACAAGAGAUUUCCUCGUGGAUGAUGUUGAAUUUGAACGACUGAGAGAACGAGAGGAAGACAAAGAAAUGGCUGAUUUCUUGCAGAUAAAACUAUCGACGGCCAGCUCUAAAAAAACAAAGUCUGCAAAGGAAAGGAAGACAACAUCUAGAGCACAACAGACAUCCAAACCAUUCAUGGCAAAGACUGGCCUGACCUUGCUCAAAGAAUGCUGUGGAUUCACCUGUUCCAUCAUGUAGAAGUCAAAGGCUUUGGAAACAGCAUGUCUGCAGGAAUCGCUGCAGGAGUUUAUCUGGGUCUAUAAAUAUUUCAGUGGUAGAUCAUUCCAAGCCAAUAACAAUUGUGUAAAACUCAAUCCCAUUCAUAAACAGCAACGUGAUUUAUUAAUGGGACCAGCAGCCAGUGACCAAGGUACUGUAGAAGGCCAUUCAUUCUCAGAGCUUGUUCACUAAUCAAUGAUAUUGCCUGGUGUAAAACAUAACUUCAAUCACCUGCUCGAGAUUCAUUUCUUUUGAAGCUCUUAAAGGAAAUCGGUGAAUCUUAGCCAUGAUUGAAUCCAUUCAUCAUCCAUUACACCUCGAUAAAGAAAAUUAUCCAUUUCCACUCCCCAUUGCGUGCAAAAUACUCCUGAAUGCGCAGACCUAAAUGCAAUGAUUCUCAAUUGCUCACCGCAGGAAGUUGGACCUGCCCCACUUCAUCUUUUUCCGACACCUCAAUUAGAUUACUCUCAACAUUCUAAAUGAAAGUGGAUACAAGUCAUAUUUAUACAACCUGUUCUCACUUUAUAUUUCUUUAAUCUCCAGUAUUAUUCUGAAGAUCGACUCAAAGUGCUGGAGAAACACGGUGGGUCGGGCAGCAUCUCUGGAGAAAAAGGAUGUUUUGGGUCAGGAUUCUUUGUCAGACUGAAAGGAGGGGUCGCAGGGGAGGGAUG